AUGGAGUUGAAGGGAUUUGUUCGUAAAUUUGGCAAAGGUGAUGCGUUUGACCCCUUAAAGGACUCAAAACUUAAUGGAGAUCCCAUUUUCCCCGAAUUCAUAAGUCUUGAGACUCCAAAGUGUGACCUGUGCUCCUCGCCCAUGUGCUAUUUGAUGCAAUUAUCACUCAGUCAAAGUCAUAGUAAUGGCAGGAUUCGCCUGCUCUUUGUAUAUUAUUGCACAACUGAUGUUAAAAGGGACGAGGGAUGGAAAAUUUAUAGAUACAGCGCUGAAAACAAUAAAAAUGAGGAUCCCAGUAUCACCUUUGGUAGUGGUACCUCUGCGACUAGUGAACCUGUUUUUGGCGACAUGAACGCCGCCAGUUCCUGGAUCGAUGGCCUGACUAUAUCCUCAACAAAGACAGCUGAGUUUAAUGACGGCAGCAUGCGCGUAAUAUUCGAGGACGAUGUUGUUUACGACGGUACUAACUCAGAUUAUAAAUUGGCAUUUUAG